UUCAUAUCCUGAAGCUCGGCGUCUCCAGUUGCACAGCCUGAAGGCAUGGCCCGUUGGCCCCCUUUGGCGCUGCUGUUAACAUGCGAGGUCAGUGCGUUUUACCUGCCCGGAGUGGGUCCAACAGAGUACCUCGAUGAGAGCAGCGUAGAGCUGAAAGUGAACAAAUUAACUUCGGUGAAGACCCAGCUUCCCUACAGGUACUAUGUCUUGCCUUACUGUCGGCCGAAGGAGAUCCACGUGUCAGCAGAAAACCUCGGCGAGAUUCUCAUGGGCGACUCGAUAGAAAAUUCGCUUUACGACGUCAGGAUGAAAGCCAAUGCAUCCUGUGCACUUCUGUGUGAUCGGGCACUGCAUGAUGAGGACAAAGCUGCAUUCAAGAGCAUGAUUGACAACGAAUAUCAGGUGAAUUGGUUGGUUGACAAUUUGCCGGCAGCCAUGAAAUAUCAGAAGACUCGGACGGGUGCCAUGUCGUACACAAAUGGCUUUCCCGUGGGACUGAAGAUUGAUGGAAGUUACUACGUCCACAAUCACAUCCAGAUUGGGCUCUACUAUCACUCCAAUGCAGAAGAGUUUGAAGGUAGCCGAGUUGUAGGCUUUGAGGUGUUUCCCCUAAGUCUACAACAGCAAAAAAGUCCUGAUGGAGCUCUUCAGUGUGGGAACAUGGAUGAUCCCGUACCAAGAUUUGACUUGAUGAAAGAAGACACCAUCAUCUACAGCUACGACGUUGUGUGGAUACCAAGCUCCAUUCGAUGGGCAUCUCGGUGGGACAACUACCUGAAAAUGCAUGAAGGACAGAUUCACUGGUUUUCUAUCGUCAACUCCCUGAUGAUUGUGCUUUUCUUGUCCGGCAUGGUGGCCAUGAUUUUGCUGAGAACUUUGCAUCGAGACAUUGCCAAAUACAACGAUAUGGAUGCCGAUGACUCUGGUGAGGAGACAGGUUGGAAACUUGUGCAUGGAGAUGUUUUCAGAAAGCCGCCACACUCGAAGGCUUUGGCAGUUUCAGUUGGUUCGGGUGUCCAGUUGUUGGUUUGCUCGUGCGUGACCCUCGUUUUCUCCGCCAUUGGAUUCCUGUCUCCAGUACAUCGUGGCUCUAUCCUUCAGGGGAUGCUUCUGCUCUUCACCUUUGCGGGUAUUCUUGCAGGCUACACUUCAGCUCGUUUCUACAAAAUGUGGAAGGGUGAGGAUUGGAAGAAAACAACGCUUCUGACUGCCUUCUUGUAUCCUGGAACGGUGUUCUGCAUUUUCUUCAUUCUGGAUUUGUUCAUUUGGGGCACAAAGUCCUCUGGAGCAGUGCCAUUUACAACGAUGUUUGCGUUGCUAGUUCUUUGGUUUGGGAUUUCUGUGCCACUGGUCUUUCUUGGCGCUUUUUUUGGCUACAAGAAGGCGCCAAUCUCGCUGCCAGUUCGAACAAAUCAGAUCCCGCGGCAAGUCCCAGCGCAGCCUUGGUAUAUCACUGGAACCUUCUCGUGCCUGGUGGGUGGUGUUCUUCCCUUCGCUGGAGUAUUCACUGAGCUCUUCUUCAUCAUGUCCUCAAUAUGGCAGCAUCAGUUCUACUAUUUGUUCGGCUUUCUUAUGCUGGUUCUCGUCAUCCUUGUGGUGACCUGUGCUGAAAUAUCUAUAACGCUGGCCUACUUCCAGCUCACGAACGAGGACUACAAUUGGUGGUGGAGGUCCUUCUUCACCAGCGCAUCCUCAGCUCUUUAUGUGUUUGGUUAUUCAUGCCUGUAUUACUUUACGCGGAUGAAGAUUGGGCACUACGUUGGUGCUCUUCUCUAUUUUGGAUACAUGUUUGUGAUAUCAUACACAUUUGCCUUGAUCACUGGUGCAAUUGGGUUUAGUGCAACAUUCUUCUUUGUGCGCGCGAUCUAUGGCUCAAUCAAAAUAGAUUGAAGAGAUCGUCAAGGUCCUGAUGUCGUUCCUGUGCUGAAUGAAGCAAGCGGAACGUCUGAGUCAGCUAAUGAAGCAGGUCGAAGCAGUGAUCUGAAGCAUGCAUCAAACAUUGUCAAGCAUGGCAUGUGUGACUGCAGUCUAGAGGGAUGACACUUUUGUAUAGUCUUGUGAUGUCUUCAGUGG